AAAUCGUAAAGAUUUACCUGUACAUUAGGGACAAUGUCAGGUCCUACCUCAGCUGCUUCAUAGAUUAUAGAGAACGCAUUUUUAGAGUCCAUUAGAGUUUUGAAAAUGAACGAAAUAUUGUUUUCAGAGAAACAGCCACAACUUUAUUAUCCUGUAAACAACUAAUAUAGAUAGAGAAAUAAAAUCGCACACAAAACUGCUUAUAGCUAAGAGUGGUCAUAGGCGGUCUUACUGAAAGCGAUCUCUUCCAGGAAUCCUUGAAAAUGACAGCACGACAGAACAGGAGGAAACAUAUUAUAUAACUUAUUUAAAGGAACACCUACACUUAUAUUUCUUAGAUAUUAUUAUUUAUAUUUCUUAGAAUAAUUUUAUCUAAAACCAUAUUGAAUUGCAGAUUUUUUUUAGUUCAGAUAGGUAGGUACUACCAUACACUACACUACCAUAGAGUAAGUAAUAAAUUAUGUAUUACAUACAAUACAUUUGGAUUGAUCUCACCUCAGAGUGCUAGGGACAAAAACUUAAGUAAAAUGGCAGGCAGACUGGGCAAGAUCAUAGAGUAAGUAAGAAGGCAAAAUGGUAUUCUUCUUUUAUUAAUGGCUUAUCUGUGCGUUUCGCGCAAUUCGGCCAAUGAUAAGUGAAUAAAUUAAUUUUUACAUGUAAAAUGAAAUUAAUGAAAGAUGGCAAUGAAUCAAAAUGGUGUUAAAUCCACCACAAAUAAAACAUAGAGUUUCUUUUUUAUUAGUGUGAGUGUUUAUUCUUUGUUUUUUACAUACUCUUUGCUAGCGUUAAGUAAAAGACAUGGCAGAUAGAUUUCAAAACAUUUAAAAUAUAGAUUCAUAUUUAAGUUCCAAUAAUUUAAUAAGUAGUAUGUAGAUCACAAAGCGACUGAUCAUGCUUUUAACUCCCUAUUUGGGUAUUAAACUGCGUCCAAUGGUAUAUAAUUGGAUACAGCAAAUGAGAGGUGUUAGACCUUCAAUAAAGAUCGGUAAAGAGAGAUUUCAACUCACUAUUGAUGUGAGACAGUUUGCUAAAGAAGAGAUAAGAGUGAAAGCUAGACCUGAAUACGUAAUAAUAGAAGGAAAACAGGAGAAGAAAAUGAAAAAUGGCUAUGUUAUGAGACAUUUUGUUAGAAAAUUCAAGUUGCCUCAUGGCUGUGAUCCUUGUAAAAUGAAAACUAACUUAUCCCCUAAUGGUUUAUUGACGGUUACCGCUCCGAGGUGUACAUGUGAUAUUAAUAUGCCAUGUGAAACUGUGAUACCUAUUACUUUUACAGAAUCCAAGGAAGAUGAUUUGAUAACUGUGCAGAGAACUGAUGAAAAGCCUAAAGAUCAGAAGCCUUGAAUAAUUAAAAAUAUAAACA